AUGCAGAGCAGCCCACAUAACCAGUUCACCUUCAGACCCCUCCCGCCACCGCCGCCACCUCCGCAUGCCUGCACCUGUGCCCGGAAGCCACCCCCAGCGGCAGACUCUCUGCAGAGGAGAUCAAUGACUACCCGCAGCCAGCCCAGCCCAGCCGCUCCGGCUCCCCCAACCAGUACACAGGAGUCCGUUCAUCUGCAUAACAGCUGGGUCUUGAAUAGCAACAUACCUUUGGAGACCAGGCAUUUCCUGUUCAAACAUGGAUCUGGCUCCUCUGCUAUCUUCAGUGCAGCCAGUCAGAACUACCCACUGACAUCCAAUACGGUGUACUCGCCUCCUCCCAGGCCACUUCCUCGAAGCACCUUUUCUAGACCAGCCUUUACCUUCAACAAACCCUACAGGUGCUGCAACUGGAAGUGCACGGCCUUGAGUGCAACUGCAAUCACAGUGACUUUGGCCUUGUUGCUAGCCUAUGUGAUAGCAGUACAUUUGUUCGGCCUGACUUGGCAGUUGCAACCAGCUGAAGGACAGCUCUAUGAAAAUGGAGUUAGCAAGGGGAACAGAGGGACCGAAUCCAUGGAUACUACUUACUCUCCAAUUGGAGGAAAAGUUUCCGAUAAAUCAGAGAAAAAAGUGUUUCAGAAGGGACGGGCAAUAGACACCGGAGAAGUUGACAUUGGUGCACAGGUCAUGCAGACCAUUCCACCUGGCUUAUUCUGGCGUUUCCAGAUUACUAUCCACCAUCCUAUAUAUCUGAAAUUCAAUAUUUCUUUAGCCAAGGACUCUCUGCUGGGAAUUUAUGGCAGAAGAAACAUUCCACCUACACACACUCAGUUUGAUUUUGUAAAAUUAAUGGAUGGAAAACAACUGGUCAAACAGGACUCCAAGAGCUCUGAUGACACCCAGCACUCCCCUCGGAACCUGAUCUUAACCUCACUGCAGGAAACAGGUUUCAUAGAGUAUAUGGACCAAGGGCCUUGGUAUCUGGCAUUUUACAAUGAUGGAAAAAAGAUGGAGCAAGUAUUUGUGUUAACUACGGCAAUUGAAAUAAUGGAUGACUGUUCGACCAAUUGCAAUGGAAAUGGAGAGUGUAUCUCUGGCCAUUGUCACUGUUUCCCAGGAUUCCUUGGGCCUGACUGUGCUAGAGAUUCUUGCCCUGUGCUGUGUGGCGGGAAUGGAGAAUACGAGAAAGGACACUGUGUCUGCCGAAAUGGCUGGAAGGGGCCAGAGUGCGACGUUCCAGAAGAGCAAUGCAUUGACCCAACGUGCUUUGGCCAUGGCACCUGCAUCAUGGGAGUCUGUAUCUGUGUGCCAGGAUACAAAGGAGAAAUAUGCGAGGAAGAGGACUGCCUAGACCCUAUGUGUUCCAACCAUGGCAUCUGUGUAAAAGGAGAAUGUCACUGUUCUACUGGUUGGGGAGGAGUCAAUUGUGAAACUCCACUUCCUAUAUGUCAAGAGCAGUGCUCAGGACAUGGGACUUUUAUUCUGGACACUGGAAUGUGCAGCUGUGAUCCCAAGUGGACAGGAUCUGACUGCUCAACAGAGCUCUGUACCAUGGAGUGUGGUAGCCACGGAGUCUGCUCAAGGGGAAUUUGCCAAUGUGAAGAAGGUUGGGUAGGACCAACCUGUGAAGAACGCUCCUGUCAUUCUCACUGUGCUGAGCAUGGCCAGUGCAAAGAUGGAAAAUGUGAGUGUAGCCCUGGAUGGGAGGGCGACCACUGCACAAUUGCUCACUACUUGGAUGCUGUCCGAGAUGGCUGCCCUGGGCUCUGCUUCGGAAAUGGGCGAUGUACCCUAGAUCAAAAUGGUUGGCACUGUGUGUGUCAAGUGGGUUGGAGUGGGACAGGCUGCAAUGUUGUCAUGGAAAUGCUUUGUGGAGAUAACUUGGACAAUGAUGGAGAUGGUUUGACUGACUGCGUAGACCCCGAUUGUUGUCAACAAAGCAACUGUUAUGUAAGUCCUCUUUGUCAAGGCUCACCAGAUCCUCUUGACCUCAUUCAGCAAAGCCAACCCCUCUUCUCUCAGCACACUUCAAGACUCUUCUAUGAUCGAAUCAAAUUCCUUAUUGGCAAGGACAGUACACAUGUCAUUCCUCCAGAGAUCUCAUUUGACAGCAGGCGUGCUUGUGUGAUUCGAGGCCAAGUGGUGGCGGUAGAUGGAACCCCUCUGGUAGGGGUGAAUGUUAGUUUCUUGCACCACAGUGAUUAUGGGUUUACCAUCAGCCGGCAAGAUGGAAGCUUUGACCUUGUAGCCAUCGGUGGUAUCUCUGUCGUCUUAAUCUUUGAUCGUUCACCUUUCCUGUCUGAGAAGAGGACUCUCUGGUUGCCUUGGAAUCAGUUUAUUGUGGUGGAGAAAGUAACCAUGCAGAGAGUUGUAUCAGACCCACCAUCCUGCGACAUCUCCAACUUUAUCAGCCCAAACCCUAUUGUGCUUCCCUCACCGCUCACAUCAUUUGGAGGGUCCUGUCCAGAGAGGGGAACUAUUGUUCCUGAGCUGCAGGUUGUACAGGAGGAGAUCCCCAUUCCUUCCAGCUUUGUAAGGCUGAGUUACCUGAGCAGCCGCACCCCUGGGUAUAAAACCCUGUUACGGAUCCUUCUCACACAUUCAACCAUCCCCGUGGGGAUGAUAAAAGUACACCUCACCGUAGCUGUGGAAGGGCGACUCAUGCAGAAGUGGUUUCCCGCUGCAAUUAAUCUCGUCUACACAUUUGCCUGGAACAAGACCGACAUCUAUGGACAGAAGGUUUGGGGCCUAGCAGAGGCCUUAGUGUCUGUGGGAUAUGAAUAUGAAAUGUGCCCUGAUUUUAUUCUCUGGGAGAAAAGGACAGUUAUCUUACAAGGUUUUGAAAUGGAUGCUUCUAACCUAGGAGGCUGGUCGUUGAACAAGCAUCAUAUUUUGAAUCCUCAAAGUGGAAUCAUACAUAAAGGGAAUGGAGAAAAUAUGUUCAUUUCUCAGCAACCUCCAGUCAUAUCAACCAUAAUGGGUAAUGGACACCAGCGGAGCGUAGCCUGCACCAACUGCAAUGGGCCAGCCCACAACAACAAACUCUUUGCUCCUGUUGCCUUAGCUUCUGGCCCAGAUGGUAGUGUGUAUGUUGGUGACUUCAAUUUUGUAAGGAGAAUAUUUCCCUCAGGAAACUCCGUUAGUAUUUUGGAACUAAGAAAUAAUCCUGCUCACAAAUACUAUCUGGCUAUGGACCCUGUGUCUGAAUCACUUUAUCUGUCAGACACCAAUACCCGAAAAGUCUACAAGUUGAAAUCUCUUGUGGAAACAAAAGAUCUAUCCAAGAAUUUUGAAGUGGUGGCAGGAACAGGUGACCAGUGCCUUCCCUUUGACCAGAGUCACUGUGGAGACGGAGGGAGAGCAUCAGAAGCUUCACUGAACAGCCCUCGAGGCAUCACAGUUGAUAGGCAUGGAUUCAUUUACUUUGUGGAUGGGACUAUGAUUCGGAGAAUUGAUGAGAAUGCUGUGAUCACAACUGUAAUCGGCUCAAACGGUCUGACUUCCACACAGCCACUGAGCUGUGACUCAGGAAUGGACAUCACUCAGGUGCGAUUAGAGUGGCCAACAGACCUUGCAGUCAAUCCCAUGGACAAUUCAUUGUAUGUCUUGGAUAACAAUAUUGUGCUGCAAAUUUCUGAGAACAGGCGUGUGCGGAUCAUUGCAGGGCGCCCCAUUCACUGCCAGGUGCCAGGCAUCGAUCAUUUCUUGGUCAGCAAGGUAGCAAUUCACUCCACUCUGGAGUCAGCUAGGGCCAUCAGCGUCUCCCACAGCGGGCUGCUCUUCAUAGCUGAAACAGACGAGAGGAAAGUAAACCGAAUUCAGCAAGUUACCACCAAUGGGGAGAUCUCCAUCAUGGCUGGUGCCCCCACUGACUGUGACUGCAAAAUUGAUCCCAACUGUGACUGUUUUUCAGGUGAUGGUGGCUAUGCCAAAGAUGCAAAGAUGAAAGCCCCUUCCUCCUUAGCAGUGUCGCCUGAUGGUACUCUCUACGUGGCUGACCUCGGGAAUGUUCGAAUUCGUACCAUUAGCAGGAACCAGGCCCACCUGAAUGACAUGAACCUUUAUGAGAUUGCCUCGCCUGCUGACCAAGAACUCUACCAGUUCACUGUCAAUGGAACCCAUUUGCACACCUUGAACUUGAUAACGAGGGACUAUGUGUAUAAUUUCACCUACAAUGCUGAGGGUGACUUGGGUGCAAUCACCAGCAGCAAUGGCAAUUCUGUUCACAUUCGCCGUGAUGCAAGUGGGAUACCCCUUUGGCUUGUGGUGCCUGGUGGGCAGGUGUACUGGCUGACCAUAAGCAGCAAUGGGGUCCUGAAGAGAGUGUCAGCCCAAGGCUACAAUCUGGCCUUGAUGACCUAUCCCGGGAACACAGGGCUUCUGGCUACCAAAAGUAACGAAAAUGGAUGGACAACCGUUUAUGAGUAUGACCCCGAGGGACAUUUGACCAAUGCAACAUUUCCCACUGGAGAGGUCAGCAGUUUCCACAGUGACCUGGAGAAGCUGACAAAAGUGGAGCUAGAUACUUCCAACAGGGAAAACGUCCUCAUGUCAACCAAUUUGACAGCAACUACUACCAUAUAUAUUUUAAAACAAGAAAAUACCCAGAGUACCUAUCGGGUGAGUCCAGAUGGCUCCUUACGCGUCACCUUUACCAGCGGGAUGGAGAUCAGCCUCAGCUCAGAGCCCCACAUCCUGGCUGGGGCGGUCAACCCCACCCUGGGCAAAUGCAACAUUUCACUGCCUGGAGAGCACAAUGCCAACCUCAUCGAGUGGCGGCAGCGGAAGGAGCAGAACAAAGGCAACGUUUCAGCUUUUGAAAGGAGGCUGAGGGCCCAUAACAGAAACCUGCUCUCCAUAGAUUUUGAUCAUAUGACCCGCACAGGAAAGAUUUAUGAUGACCAUCGGAAAUUCACCCUUCGAAUUCUUUAUGAUCAGACUGGACGACCUGUUCUGUGGUCUCCUGUAAGCAGAUACAAUGAAGUGAACAUCACAUAUUCACCUUCAGGAUUGGUAACCUUUAUUCAAAGAGGGACAUGGAAUGAAAAAAUGGAAUAUGACCAGAGUGGAAAAAUAAUUUCAAGAACUUGGGCUGAUGGGAAAAUUUGGAGCUAUACCUACUUAGAAAAGUCUGUGAUACUUCUCUUACAUAGUCAGCGGCGUUAUAUCUUUGAGUAUGACCAGUCGGAUUGUCUGCUCUCAGUCACCAUGCCUAGUAUGGUGCGUCACAGCUUACAAACCAUGCUUUCAGUGGGCUACUACCGGAACAUCUACACCCCACCAGACAGUAGCACUUCUUUUAUCCAAGACUAUAGCCGAGAUGGCCGACUGCUACAGACCCUGCAUCUGGGGACAGGGCGCAGAGUUUUAUACAAGUACACCAAACAAGCGAGGCUGUCUGAGAUUCUCUAUGAUACCACACAGGUCACGUUAACAUACGAAGAGUCUUCCGGAGUGAUUAAGACAAUACACCUGAUGCACGAUGGCUUCAUUUGCACAAUCAGAUACAGGCAAACAGGACCUCUUAUUGGACGCCAGAUUUUCAGAUUCAGUGAAGAAGGCCUUGUGAAUGCUCGGUUUGACUACAGCUACAACAACUUCCGCGUCACAAGCAUGCAAGCCGUGAUCAAUGAAACCCCUUUGCCCAUAGAUCUGUACCGAUAUGUUGAUGUCUCUGGUAGAACAGAGCAGUUUGGAAAAUUCAGUGUAAUUAAUUACGAUUUAAAUCAGGUCAUAACCACCACAGUGAUGAAGCACACCAAGAUCUUCAGUGCCAAUGGCCAAGUCAUUGAAGUGCAGUACGAAAUCCUAAAGGCAAUUGCCUACUGGAUGACUAUCCAAUAUGAUAAUAUGGGCCGAAUGGUAAUAUGUGAUAUCAGAGUAGGAGUAGAUGCCAAUAUAACGAGAUACUUCUAUGAAUACGAUGCUGAUGGGCAACUUCAAACUGUUUCUGUAAAUGAUAAAACCCAGUGGCGUUAUAGUUAUGAUCUGAAUGGAAACAUCAACCUCUUAAGCCAUGGGAAUAGUGCUCGUCUUACUCCCCUCCGAUAUGACCUCCGAGAUCGCAUCACCAGACUAGGGGAAAUUCAGUACAAAAUGGAUGAAGAUGGCUUCCUGAGGCAGAGGGGAAAUGACAUAUUUGAAUAUAAUUCUAAUGGUCUCCUGCAGAAAGCCUACAAUAAGGCUUCUGGCUGGACUGUGCAGUAUUACUAUGAUGGGCUUGGGCGACGUGUCGCCAGUAAGUCCAGCCUAGGACAGCACCUCCAGUUCUUUUAUGCAGACCUUGCCAACCCCAUAAGAGUUACUCAUUUGUACAACCACACGAGCUCAGAGAUUACAUCCCUGUAUUAUGAUCUCCAAGGUCACCUGAUUGCCAUGGAGCUAAGCAGCGGGGAAGAAUAUUAUGUAGCCUGUGAUAAUACAGGCACCCCGCUCGCUGUGUUCAGCAGUCGAGGUCAGGUGAUAAAGGAGAUACUGUACACGCCUUAUGGAGAUAUCUAUCAUGACACUUACCCUGACUUUCAGGUCAUCAUUGGUUUUCAUGGAGGACUCUAUGAUUUCCUUACUAAAUUAGUGCACCUGGGGCAAAGGGAUUAUGAUGUUGUGGCUGGUAGAUGGACGACGCCUAAUCAUCACAUAUGGAAAGAGUUGAACCUCCUUCCUAAACCGUUCAACCUCUACUCCUUUGAAAAUAACUACCCAGUUGGCAAAAUUCAAGAUGUUGCAAAGUAUACCACAGACAUUGGAAGUUGGUUGGAGCUAUUUGGUUUCCAAUUACACAAUGUACUACCUGGAUUUCCAAAACCAGAAUUAGGAAACUUGGAGUUAACUUAUGAACUUCUACAGCUUCAGACAAAAACUCAAGAGUGGGAUCCUGGAAAGACCAUCCUGGGUAUUCAGUGUGAGCUCCAGAAACAGCUCAGGAAUUUCAUUUCCCUGGACCAACUUCCUAUGACUCCCCGAUACAGUGAUGGACGGUGCCUCGAAGGAGGGAAGCAACCAAGGUUUGCGGCUGUUCCUUCUGUUUUUGGAAAAGGUAUAAAAUUCGCCAUCAAGGAUGGCAUUGUAACAGCCGAUAUUAUAGGAGUAGCCAAUGAAGAUAGCAGGCGGCUGGCUGCCAUUCUCAAUAAUGCUCAUUAUCUGGAAAACCUACAUUUUACCAUAGAAGGGAGGGACACUCACUACUUCAUUAAGCUUGGGUCUCUGGAGGAAGACCUGGUGCUCAUCGGUAACACUGGGGGGAGGCGGAUUCUAGAGAACGGCGUCAAUGUCACUGUGUCCCAGAUGACUUCAGUGUUGAAUGGGAGAACUAGACGGUUUGCAGAUAUCCAGCUCCAACACGGGGCUCUGUGUUUCAACAUCCGGUACGGGACGACUGUCGAAGAGGAAAAGAAUCAUGUGUUGGAGAUGGCCAGACAGCGUGCCGUGGCCCAGGCCUGGACUAAGGAACAGAGAAGGCUGCAAGAAGGUGAAGAGGGUAUUCGGGCAUGGACGGAGGGGGAGAAGCAGCAGCUUCUGAGCACUGGGAGAGUACAAGGUUAUGAUGGGUAUUUUGUUUUGUCUGUCGAGCAGUAUUUAGAACUUUCUGACAGUGCCAACAAUAUUCACUUUAUGAGACAGAGCGAAAUAGGCAGGAGGUAACAAAAAAAAUCUCUGCCUUUGCGUCACCAAAGACUGCCUGUUUUUAAAACAUAAAAUGGUUUAUUGUAUUGGUUUUCUAGAUCAGAAUUCUGUAUAUAUAAAUAUGGAGGAAAAACAUAUCCAACUGCCUUUCAGUGUGACAGAAGAUGGUAUUUUAAUAUUGUUUGUUUAAACUCUUUAAGAAAUGACAGAGAUUUUUAGUUCUUGUGUGGCAGUAUUCAAAAUAACACAAGUCGAACUAAAACAACUAAAAAAAAAGUUUUCAGCAAGCACCACUUCGAAUUUGUCAAGCCAUGCAGAUGUUCACAUAUAAAGAAAGAACCCAAGGUUCUAUAUCUCUAUGGUGACAUGAGGUUUCAUCUUUAGCUGUUGGCAGAACUUGUGGGCUAUUUGAAAGGUGGUGCAAUCGUAUCUCAACCUUGCAUUUCGAAAGACUGCCAGCUCUUUCACAUGUUCCAGAUCUGUUACAGGAAACUUCAAAGGAAGUGUAAAAUGUCCUCAGUCACCAUCUCCUAGAGUCAGGACCCAUUUGCCCUUCCUCCCUGAUUAUAUUCCUCCUUGCUUGUUGAAGUAAAUGCCAUGUUGUUGUGCUGUGUUUUGGCGUGUGGUGGCUGGGUUCUAUCUACCACACUUCCCCAUGGGUGUGGUCACCAGACCCAAUUGCCACUAUUUGCUUGUGUGUACAUGAUACCAAGGCAGCUGGCCAAUGUAACUUCUCCCACCCAACCUGUUUUGACUACAUUUUAUACUCAGUUGUCCAGCUGUAUCGGCCUCAUGUAAACAUAGCUUUUAUUAACCUGGGUAGGAAUUUCUCAUUUAUAUAUAGGGUGUGUUUUGGUCAUAGUUUCAUAUUCGUGAUUCAGUAUUUAUACACUAAUCCAAUGCUUUUGUGCACAUGAAAGGUAAUUUACUACAAAGUGUGAUUCUGGUACAAAAAAAAAAAAAAAAAGGCU